UGACCUGCCGGGGCGCCCCCUGGCGGCCGCGGGCCCGGCUCACGCCCCCGCAGGGCGGAGGAGGGUUCUAGCGACGGCGGAAGGGGAAGCGGGAGCGGAGCGCUUGGCAGGGGCCGGUGGUCGCCAUGUCGGCGCUAGCCCUGGAGGAGCUCUCGGCUCUGACGGCUAUUUACUGCCAGCGGGAUGAGUGCGCGGUGCUGGCCGUGUCAGAGACAGAUGGAAUCACAUUAAGAAUUCAAACCAGCGUAAAAGGACUUUUGGAUUCAGAUAUACUGUUAAAGCUGUCAUUUCACUUGCCGGUCAGUUAUCCUUCAAGCCUGCCGAAUAUCUCCAUUAAUUCAGAACAGCUUACAAGGGCACAGUGUAAGGAUGUGAAAGAAAGAUUACUUGAGCAAGCCAAGAGACAUCUUUCUGAACCCAUGGUACAUGAGCUGGUCCUCUGGAUACAACAGAAUAUUAAGCACAUCAUUGGGCAAUCAGAAACUUCAGUUUGCAAUGAAAAAAGUACUUUGUCAAGAUGCAUAAGUACAGAGGAUGGUAUAUGUACUAUCCUUUUGCAUUUAGAUCACAUGAGAGCUAAGGCAAAAUAUGUCAAAACUGUGGAAAAAUGGACUUCAGAUCUAAGGCUGACUGGAAGACUGAUGUUUAUGGGCAAGAUAAUACUGAUUCUUCUGCAAGGAGACAGAACCAGCAUUAAGGUGCAAAAACAUUGAAUGUUAACUAGUUGAAUUGAUUUACCGCUGAGAGCUGUGUAUCUGAAUAGAAUACCUUGUGUUUGUUUUUCUAACAUUACCAAUUUUGGAAGCAGGUUGACUGAUCAUUAGGGGUAUACAUAGGCCCAAUCAUUUAUUUAUUCCUGCAAGCUCCAGUAUUCUUUCAGUGGCUGUCUUUACCUCAUCUUUCAUCAUCACUAAUCUGAAAAGUCUUGGAUUAUAAAUUCUGUGUUUUUUUUUUUUUUUUAAAAACAAAACAAAAAGCAUCUCUAAGGCCAAUAGGAGUUUUGUACUUGCAGGGGCAAAAGGGGGGGAUAUCUUAAAAUGACUGGAAAAUUACAAAAAGAUAGUGUGUUUUGAUCAAAUUUUAAAGUUGUUUUUUCCCAUUGGUAAAGAGGUGUGGAGGAAUAUGAUAUAAAACAGGGAUCGGCAACCUUUGGCACGUGG